CGACGCGCGACGCGACGGCGAGCGCGGGGACGAGGGCUGGGGGGGAAGAGAGCGCGGACUCCGCGACGGUCGCGCCUCGACGAGCGAAGACGGCGAGCGGCGAGGCGUCGACGGCGAGCGGUGCGGGGUUUAAUCCGAUGAUGCGCGUGGAAGUCGCCGAGGUGCACGACGAGCGCAUCGACGCGAAGCUGGCGGCGGAAAUUCGCGUGAAGGCGGAUAAAGAGCGAUUGCAAGCGGAGCGCGAGAAAGCCGAGCGCGAGCGCGCGGAAGCGAAGCAAGCCGCUGAGAUCGCGGCGAAGAAGGCGGCGAGUGAGCAGUCGUCCAAGACAGCCGUCGCGAACGCCGCGCCGACGUUUCGCAGAUACGUGGCGGAACGCCGACCCGUCGGGUGGCAACCGGUGCGGAACGAAGCGGCAGAUAAGCUUUAUAGCGUCAUCGAAGCUCGACGCAUCGAGCGACGCGAUCGGAUCGCGGAGUUGACGCGAUUAAAGAGAGAGCAAGCGCGCGCGGCGGAGGCGGAGGCGCAGUUGCGCGCGGCGCUCGAACGCGAGCGACGCGUCGAAGAGGAAGUCGCGGCGCGAGAGCGCGAACGCGUCAAGGAGCAGGCGCGCGCGCUCAAGAGAGCGGAAGAGGAAGUCGUGCGCGAGGAAAAGCGAGCUCAAGAACAAGCUCGCGCGCGGGCGCGCGCACAAGAGCAGGCGCGAGAAAUCGCCGAGAAGCGGGCGAGAGAACAGGCCAGGCAGCGGGAAGAGGCUGCGCGAGAGUUAGAAGAGGCGCGUGAACGCGCGCUGGCGGCGAAACGCAAAGCCUUGGAAGCUCGCGCGGCGGAAACCGAGAAAAUCGCGCAAGAGAACCAGCGGAAGCUCGCGGAGGCGGCGAAAAAGAUUAAAGAUGACGCCGCGAAAGAGGCCAAGGCUCUCGAGCGAGCGAGAGAGGCGCAAAUAGUCGCUCGGGAAAAGGAGUUGAAGGCACAAGAAGUGGCGCGCGUGAAGGAAUUGAAGGCGCAGCAGCGCGCGGAAUUCAUUGAUGACUUAAAGUAUCGCACGGCGGAUUCGCUCGACAACGCGCUCGGUGGCGUCAUCGACGGCGCGCGCGGCGUUCGGAGAUUUUUUUGGCGCGGCGAAACGACUUCGAGACCAAAGGCAAAGGCGGCGCCGAAGCCGGUGAAGAAGGCGGUCGUCGCGCCGAAGAAGGAAGUCGCAAAACCGGCGCCGAAAAAGCCAGUCGUCGUCGCGAAACCGAGCAAAAAGGUUGUGGAGAAGACGAAGACCAAGGCGGUGGUCAAGGCGAAACCGGCGGCGAAGAAACCGGCGAAAUCCGCCAAGCGCGGCGCGACGUCGGCGUCGCAAUCCGUGUCUUGGCAGAUGCCCAGACUCCCCGGCGCGUUCGACGCCGGUGGGUACGCCACCGCGGGUUUCGUCACCUCACUCGCCCUCGCCUCGGUGUUGUCCGUCGGCGUCCGCGCGUCGCGCCGCAAGCGCGCUCGCCGUCGCGCCGAGCGCCGCGCUCGUCUCGAGUCCGACAAGCUCAAACAAAAAGACCGCUGGGCCGCCGCCAUCGACAUCGACGUCGUCAGUGAAGAAGUCGCCAAGCGCGCCGAGCGCGUCGCCGAGGCCGACGUCUCCACCGCCGAUCCCGCCGACGCCGACGUCGCCACCCUCGACGAUCGCGCCGCGCUCCAGCGCGCGUACGACGACUUUUUAAAAGCCAGCAAGGCUGAUAAAAAGAUGUAGACGCGCGUCCAUCGUUCGACGCGCGCGCGUGCGACGCUUCGACGCGCGCGCCGUCGCGUCGCGCGCGCG